GAAAACUUUUAAAGCGCGGAUCGCAAGAAGCGGUCGUAGGUGGAAGUGAAUAGCAUUCGAAUAGAAAGCAAAAGGAUUUAUCCUGAGAAAAAAACACUAAUACAUACAAACUUAUAAAGAGGUUAUUUGUGAUUUAAAACAUAUCAAGUGUCCCUAAAAAUGCGUCUGCUUUUGGAUCAGCAAAUUGAACUCAUCGAUCCUUCGGAACUUUUGCGCCCCGAAGCCUCAUUCGCGGACAAAUGUGUGUCGAAAUUCCGCGAUUACAGCGUCGAUACGGAGGAUCCUUUGAAGGAACGUGUGCGUCGAACCUAUCGGGAAAUGCAUCUCAAUCAAACUGUGGAUUUUGUCAAAGGUCGCCAUGACCGCUGGCUCAAGUUCAACACCUUCCAGGCAACCGUUCGCGAAGCGCUUGAGAAGCUCAACGAUCUGGUCGACGAAUCCGAUCCCGACAUCGAUCUGCCCAACAUAGUGCACGCCUUCCAAGCAGCCGAACGCGCACGCGAAGAAUUUCCCGAACUCGACUGGCUGCACUUGACCGCACUCAUACACGACCUUGGCAAAGUGAUGGCCUUCUACGAUGAGCCGCAAUGGGCUGUGGUUGGUGACACCUUCGCCGUUGGCUGCAAGUGGGGCGAUAGCAUUGUCUAUCGUGCCGACAGUUUCGAAGGCAAUCCAGAUGGCGAUAAUCCCAAAUACAAUACCAAAUAUGGCAUCUAUAAGCCAAAUUGUGGUGUUGAUAAUUUGCUUAUGUCCUGGGGCCAUGACGAAUACAUGUACCGGGUGUUGAAGCACAACAAAACUAAGCUGCCGCAUGUGGCAUGCAACAUCAUACGAUUCCACUCAUUCUACCCAUGGCACAAUGGUGGGGACUACAAGCAUCUGGAGGCGCCUGGUGACGAGGAGACCAAGAAAUGGGUGUUGAUCUUCAACCGUUACGACCUGUACACCAAGAGCGAGAAGAUGCCUGAUAUCGAUGCUUUGUGGCCAUACUACCAGUCGUUGAUUGACAAAUAUCUUCCUGGUGUCCUGGAGUUCUAAGUCUGUGGCUUGAGCCAAUACCCGAUUUUCAAUAAACAAAGCUUUAAAGUGACAUUGUGAUUAUUCACUUUCGAGAGUACCGCAAAUGGAACUGCUAGACUAAAUGCCUCAUAGGCAUAUUCUACUUAUACAUACAUGCACAUACAUAUAUGUGUAUAUAUACCGGACUUAGUGAUACUAUUUUUAUAUACAUUAAAAAAAAUUAGUUUGCAAGAUUCUAGCAAAAGUAUACAAAUUUGUUUACGGUGGCUGUCAAUGGACUUGUAAAAUUUAUUUUUAUGCAAUAUGGGCGAAUUUAAACCAAAAAAUAAUAAAAAAAUACAUACAAAAAUCGUUAGAAGAGA